CAGGAGUGUCAAGUUUGCUGUAAGCUGGUGCUCCCAGAUGGAGAAAUACAACCAAUUAUAAAGACUGACUGUCUGGCACUUCACCACUUUCUUGGCAAACUGAGGGGAACAGAAUACGUUGAAUUGGGGACUUUGAGCACCCAGACCAUGUGAAGCAACAGGAAGAGAACAGGUUUAUAUAUGAAGUCAUCUACAUGGUAAUCUGGUGGCAAGGCAGCGCCUGAGAAAGACAUUUUACAGAGACAUCAUUAGCAGAUCAUCCAACAAAAUGUCACUGAAAUUGCCGCGGGACUGGGAUUUCAUCCUGAAACCAGAUUUGGGGAAAAUAGCCCGAUCGGUCAGUAUGAUGUCCGGUGACCAGACAACUUUAUCUAACCGUAUACACAUUGCUAACCCCCUGGAGAAGCCGGUGAAGUGUGGAGUUUUAAAAAAGCAACAAAAAUCAAUAGUCAAGAGUUGGCAGCAGAAAUUCUUUUCACUGAAAGGACAGAUGCUAUUUUACUUCAAGGAUGAGGCUGACAGCAAAUAUCAGGGAUUUAUGUACUUACCGGGGAGCCGAGUCACAGAGUUUUCUUAUAGCCCAGAUGAUGCUGUGAAGUUUACUUUUGAGAUUAUUCCAGGAGCAUCUAUGGAUCAAUGCAAAUCUGAGCCCUACGUCCUGAUGGCUACUACACAGGCCGAGAUGGAGGAUUGGGUAAAAGCUAUUAGGAAAGCUGCAGGAUUCGUAUCUGGAGCUGUGUUUGGUCAACGAUUGGUGGACACCAUCGCUUAUGAGAAGAAAUUUGGAAGACAUUUAAUUCCUAUAUUAGUGGAAAAAUGUGCAGACUUUAUUCUAGAGAAAGGUCUCGGUGAAGAAGGCGUAUUCCGUCUUCCCGGCCAGGAUAACCUGGUCAAACAGCUAAAGGAAGCUUUUGAUGCUGGAGAGAGGCCAUCAUUUAGCAGAGAUACAGAUGUCCACACUGUGGCAUCAUUAUUUAAAAUGUACCUACGGGAAUUGCCAGAGCCAGUCGUCCCAUGGUGUCAGUUUGAAGAUUUUCUUGGCAGUGAAAGAAUGAUCAACAUUGAUGAAAAAAAGGGUCACAAACAACUAAUGAAACAAAUUAAGCUCCUUCCUAAAGAGAACUACAAUCUACUGAGCUUCAUAUGCAGAUUUUUAUACGAAGUACAAAAACAUUCCAGCGUAAAUAAGAUGAGUGUGGACAACCUUGCCAUGGUGAUAGGAGUGAACCUUAUGAAGCCAAAAACAGAGGAUCCAGUAGCCAUAAUGCAAAGUACUCCUCAGAUCCAGAAGCUCAUGACAGUGAUGAUCAGCUACCAUGAAAAGUUCUUCCCCAAAACCAAUGAUUUGCCAGCUGAACCUGCACCCCAGAAGAAUGACUGCAAAAAGUUACAGGUCCCACGGAGUUCUGUGGGAUGGGAAACAUCUGAAGAGACUGUGUCACCUGGAGAAGUCCUCCCCAAAACACAAACGAAAGAUGUGAGUAACUCUCGUGGUUCAUCUAGCUCAGAAGAUGGCAUAACAGCCCUGGAAGAGGGAUCAUUGUUAAAGAAUAAAAAUGGGUCAUGGAAAGCUGUUCCAAGAAAACGAACUCAAACUUUACCCAAUGCAAAGUUCAAUACUGCAAGCAAGCAGUUAGACAGCACUGCUGAUGAACUUAAAUCUGAAAUAUUCCGUGGAGACUUUUGGAUGUCCCCUGUAUCAUCCAAUGGGCACCAGGCUUGCGGUUUGCCUUCUACUGGACACAAGAGAACUCUGUCAGAAGAUUUAAAGUGCCAACGUAAAUCAACCUAUGAUAAUGUUCCAUGUCCACAGGGUGACAGUGGGAAUAGACCAAUAUCCAAUCCAGCAGACUUGUGUGAAAAUAGCUGUGAAGCUCAGCAACUUCAACAGCAAACAAUGACCUAUCCAAAACAUUGUUUAAAAAGCCCCGGAGCUGAGAGCAAGGGCUGCAAAAACUAUGCCAUAUUGCCCAAUUUAACUGAACAUCAUAUAGAAGCAGACCUUGAAAAGAAACAACUUGAAGAACAAAUAAAAAGUCUACAGGAAGACAAUUAUGAGGCAUGGAAAAAAGUGGUGAAAUUAAACGAGGAACUGGAGAAAGAAAAGAAUAAACGUAUGGCCCUGGAAAUAGCCCUGCAGAAUGUCGAACGGUCUCGAGAUGAUGCUGAAAAAAGGAACAAGCUCCUUGAGAAAGAAAUCCAGGGAUUUGUAAAAGCCAUGAGUGCUUCUAAUAAUGGUCCAUGAAAAAAGACAGUGUGGAGUAACCAUGGAGUCUUGCAGACUCUAAGCGAGAUCUAGUUGAAAGAAAUCUUUUAUGGAUUUUGGAGUAUAUUCUGAAAUAUAACACACAUUCAUGAUUAGUUAUUUCAGAUCAUUUUGUGGUAAAUAGAACUUGUAGGCAACAUCUGCAAAUGUCAAAUUGUCUCCAAAACCUACGACUUAUUUCAUGACGUGACCUUCUACCGUAACAUAGGUUUCUGAAAAUAAGUCUACAUACAAUACUAUAAAAGAGUAAAUCACAGAAGGCAAGUAUGGAAGAUCUAUUUACAUUUCUCUUUAGAAGAGAACCUAGAAAAAGAUUCUUCUACUGUUGGACUUAAAUCGAAGCUGUAAUCUGAUGGAAAUAAACUGUAAAAUACAUACUUUCUCGAAUGAUGAAAGAAAAAAAACUUUUUGUAACUUUUAUACAUAUUUCACAUAUUCUACAUGCUUUUUAAAUAAAUUGACAUUAUGCGUUAUUGCCUCUUCAA